UGUCAUGACUAAUUUCUAUUGUAUUCGUUAUCUUUACAGAACUUCACUCUAACAGCACGAAUGAGUAUCACCGACUCUACAAACGAGCUUCCUCUUCAAGAUGAAACAGAUGCAUUUUUGGACAGGCUAAGAGAACUGGAGGCUUUCGACAAUUCCCGAGGCGGUGUCAAAGGAUUAGUUGAUGCAGGGGUUGUUACGAUUCCUAAAAUAUUUAUUCGACCGCAGGAUGAACUUUGUCAGGAUAAAUUGAACGCUUGUUUACUAGGGGAUGUACAAGUACCGAUCGUAGAUCUGGGGGGCAUUGAGUUUUGUGUCGAGAAACGGAGAGAAGUUGUGAAUGAAAUCAGGGUUGCAUCGAUGACUUGGGGAUUUUUUCAAGUGGUGAAUCAUGGUAUUCCUGUUGAGGUGAUGGAUGAGAUGAUCGGUGGUGUAAGAAUGUUUCAUGAACAAGAUCUGGAGCUAAAGAGAGAGUUUUAUUCUCAUGAUCAUAUGAAAACUGUUCGAUAUGAUAGCAGUAUUGAUCUCUUUCGAUCGAGGUUUGCUAAAUGGAGGGAUACUUUGAAUAUUUCCUUGUUAGUUCCUGGAGAUUUCAAGCCUGAUCAUUUACCUCCUAUUUGCAGAGACAUCACAAUGAAAUACAUGAACGAAGCAACAAAUUUGGGACACGCUCUUUUUGAUCUAUUGUCGGAAGCUCUCGGCCUCGACAGAAACCAGCUCAGAUCCUUGGAUUGUGCAAAUGGUCGGAAAUUCGUCGGUCAUUACUAUCCGGCAUGCCCUGAGCCAGAGUUAACUUUGGGAGCCAACAAGCACACUGAUCCAUCUUUCUUAACCAUUCUUCUUCAAGAUAGCAUUGGUGGCCUCCAAUUUCUCCAUGAAAACCAAUGGAUUGAUGUACUGCCACUUGAAGGCAGUUUAGUUGUUAACAUUGGGGACCUUCUUCAGAUUGUAUCAAACGAUAUAUUUAGAAGCGCGGAGCACCGAGUGCUUGCAAAUCAUGCCGGCCCAAGGAUUUCGGUGGCGUCAUUUUUCACGGGUAUUGUUGUUCCAAAACAAGUAUACGGCCCAAUCAAAGAGUUGAUACCUGCAGGGAAUGGUGCAAUAUACAAAGAAUUCGUAGUAAGCGAGUAUAUUAAGAGGUUCUACUCUAGAUCAGGGGACCUGUCCGGUGUUGACAGUUUAAAGCUGAGCUAGGAACAUUGCAUUUUCAUGUAUAUGUAUUUUAGUGUCAUCUUUAUGUUAUACCCGCCAGCUGAUUGCGUGUUUUACUUGCAGUAAUAUUAUAUAUCCAAUUUUAUUUUUUUGGUUUUUCUCAUCA